AUGAGUCUCGAUCAGAACCUGUUCACGCUCAACUUGGUACAGCGUCCGGACAAUCCUGCUGUGAUCGACCUCGUGGAUACGAAUGGGACGGCGCAUUAUAGGAAGCAGAGGAUCCCGGGGAGCGUGUAUAAGAUAGAGUUGGUCGAUCCCCUGUCCGAAUCUGUACUUGCUACGGCGACGGCGCCGAGCGCGACGAAUAAACAUAAGACUAUCGAACUGUACAAUCCGAACCUUGCGAUAGACUUGAGGUACACCGGAACUUUGUCGACGAGGUGGAAGUUCAAGUGGGAGGACCAUGAGUUCGAGUGGAAGAAGGAGGAGUGCUUCAUUAUACGGAAACCUGACCCUCCCGUGCUCGUCGCGAUCACCAAGGAGCCCUCGAGCCGCGUCAGGUCAUGGACGGUACAGAUAUUGGAUUACAACAUCAACCGCUUUGACAUUGAGGACAGGAAGGGGCUCGAGAUCGUCAUCCUGACGGCCUUGCUUACGUUCGGGGACUCGAGCGACACGUACCAUCCUCCCGGGGAUGAUCCCCCUCCCUACUCCGACCCUAUCCCUUCGAGUUCCACUGCCCAGGCUGCACCCGCGAGCCUGGUCGCGAGUAGUGACAUCAAAGCAUCGCCGGAAGAGCCCCUUGAGUAUAAGCCCCCGACACCCCCGCCGAAGCCUACCCCGAAGACGGGUAUAGACAGGAUCGCCGAGGUGCACGCGAUGAGGGAGGAGAUAAACGAAGUCACGGUCGACGAUGAGGGGCUCUGUAUGGAUUACGCGCGGUACUGCUACAACCUGCUACAGGACGAAGCGAUGCUGUUUAUAACCGUCCGCUCUGCGAGCCCGGAGCAGGUGCCGAAGGUACUUCAUGUGGUAGAAGAAGCGAAACGGCUUCGCCACCAAGCAGGGAUAGCUUACGAGGAAGAGCUUCACCAGUACGUCGUGUACGACACCAAGCCGGUGCCUCGGAAGGUACCGCGGGUCAUCAACCUGGACGACCCUCCGUCUACGUCGCUGUAUACGCCCCGGUCGAGCUUGACUGUGCAUCUAAGUAAGAUCCCUAUGCCGGAACUGCAGCCGAAGCCUCCUGCACAGCCGGAGCCUGCGUUCAAUCCUGAAGAAUUCGGAACGUGGGCCCAUCACUCGGAUUCUUAUCCUACGCCGAGCCAGUCGCCCAAGGAAGAAUCGCACAAAGGGAAGGGCAAGGAGAAAGUUUUGGAUCCGAAGGGAAAGGGCAAAGAGAAACAGAGCUCGAAGGACCGGAAGAAGAGAGAAAAGAUGGAAAAGGAAGAGAAGGAACGAGAAAAGAAAGAGCAGGAGGACAAGGACAAGAGGGAGAAAGAGGAGAGAGAACGAGAAAGGAAGGAGCGGGAGAGGCGAGAGAAAGAGAGCCCGAAGCAGAAAGCCAAGCGAGAAAAGAAGGAGCGAGAGCAGGAGGUGAAGGACAGGGAGAGAGAGGAAAGGGAACGCCGGGAGAGAGGUAAGUAA